AUGGGCACUUUCGGAUCGCAGACGAUUACCUACAACAGGCUGGUCACGGCCUUCGUUGCUGUGCGGUCAAUGACCUACGGUUAUUGCUCCUCAAUCAUCUCGAGUACCAUCGGCCAGCCAGGCUGGUAUACUCAUUUCCACCUUCCACAAGAGGGCCAGCCCGGAUACGCGUCGAUCACGACAUCAGCCAUAUCGACUGCCAACGGUGUAUACAGCGCUGGGGGUGCACGCAACAUCCAGCUGGGCUCUUUCCUGGCCAUGUUUGGCGGUGCGCUCCAAGGCGGUGCCAACUCUCUAAGCAUGUUCCAGGCAGGGCAUUUUACCUGCGGCCUGGGAAUCGGAAUCCUGGUGACUGUCUGUCCCAUGUACCUGUCCGAAAUUUCGAGCGUUUUUCACCGAGGCUGGCUGGUCGGUCACCAUGCUAUAUUUCUAGUCUUCGGGUACAUGCUUGCUGGGUGGGUUGGCUAUGCGUGUUACUUUGCACAAGGUCAAACGGAUACGUUCAGUUGGAGGUUCCCGCUUUGCCUUCAAUGCCUCCCACCUUUGAUCCUGCUUCUUGGGUCGCCGUGGGUUCCGCGCUCUCCUCGCUGGUUGAUCAGCAAGGGUAAACAAAGCGAGGCUCGAUCAGUCUUGGAGCGGCUGCGCAAAUCCCCUGAUGAUCCCGACAAUCUCGUUGCCAAGGAAGAAUACUACCAGACUACUCAACAGAUUCAUCUGGAGAAAGAACGAUUGUCUGCCUAUGGUAAUGUAUGGAAAGCAGUCUUCAAGAAAAGGUCAUAUCGGAAACGCAUGAUUAUUGGUUUCCUGACACAAUGGGGAGCAGAAUUUGGUGGGCCUUUGAUCAUAAACAACUAUGCCGUCAUUCUAUACACUAACCUAGGCAGCAUGCCCUUUCUUCUUAGUGCAGUAUGGCUUACCACAGCUGGUAUAAUCUAUAAACCGUUAGGAGCUUGGCUUCAUGACAGAGUAAACUCAAGGCGGAAAAUGUAUAUCGUUGGCUUUGUCGGGAUUGUUAUCACGACAUCCUGCCUAGCUGCCAUGACAGCACAGUAUGCAGGGACCAAGAAUCGGGUUGGAAAUGGCUUUGGCAUUUUUUUCAUCUAUCUCUAUUUGGCUUUCCAGGGAACAUUCUGUGAUACCACGAUGUACCUCUAUGUGUCUGAAAUAUUCCCCACCGAGAUUCGGCCGAUUGGCAUGGGCUUUUCAUUAUUUGGACAAUUUGCUGCUACGUUGAUACUCCUCGAAACCGCUCCAAUGGGCUUUAACAACAUAGGGUGGAAGUACUACCUGAUUGGGAACUGGCCUACUGCACCGGUACUGACAGAAUCUCGAGUCAUAUAUUCCUUUUUCCCGGAGACAGCCCGUCUGACCCUCGAAGAAGUCGCGAAGAAUUUUGGUGAAGAGGUUGCCGUCCGCCGCACGGAUGCCACGGACGAGGAGAAGGCACAACUCGAACGGGAUCUUGCAGCUGGAUCUCGCAACUAUCAAUCAUCCAGAAUAAAGACAGGAAAUGGGACUGUCGACGAUUCUGUCCUUCAUGGAGUCUAA